UAGAUGCCAGCUACUAGUACAAAUCGAUUUUUCAAAGCCGGUCGUCAUGCCAGUGCCAGUAGUUACUCUGCCAAAGUCACCAACAAUUUCCUUCAGAUGUUGCAGAGGGUUAGUGAUUAAUUGGCAAGGAGUGGAAACCAACGAACCGUAAAAUAAUAAAGAUUCACGUUUCAAGAUAGAGUGAGCAUCUUGCCCUGAAGAAGAAGUGAGGAAGUUCAACAUUGGCUGAGUGCCAGAGGAAAAGAAAAAAAUAGUUGUAUGCCGGAUAGCAUGCAAACUCAUGGGAAUGGCGCGAUUCGCUUACGAAUGCAGUGUCGAUACCAAGGGGAAUAAUACGAGUGAAGGACCAGGAACAAUAAAGCCUGUACCAUGUCAUAGUAAUAAUAUUUGUCUGUACUGCUGUUGUGAGCCACAGUGCUGCUUCCUCAUACAGCGAAACACACCCAAGCACUUCUGGGAGGCUUGGUACUUCUGGCUCGGUGUUGCUCUUCUGAUUCUCUUCAUUAUUUCCUCCGUGGCCAGUUACAUCAUUAGCAAUUGUCGCCACAAUCUGCGGACAUUAACAGGUCAUCCAGCAUCGACAAAUUCAGGCCCCAGGGGAAAUCCCACAAACGAAAUUUCGAUUCACGUGAUACCAACAACUGGUGCACUUCCGUCCCACCGUAAACUCUUGUUAUGCGCGCCAGAUUCCAGUGCUUCGUCGAUGACUCCAGUCGUUGCCUGAACAUCACGACACCCUGACACUUCUUGCUUCCUUCAGUAUUCCUCAUUUUUAAAUAAAAUAUUAAAAUGAGGGAGUGAUUAUGUCUGGGAUAGAGAGAGGACCAAUUGAGUAUAACGACAACCCGUUAAUACCCAGCGGUUAUGACAAGAGUUGCAAUAAAGGCGCAAUAACUCGGUACAGGCUUGCGAUAACGAGUCAUCUCUAUCUGUCGUAUAAAGUCCGUUGACUAGAUUCCCCUGGAGAUUCUAGUUUUUUUUUCCACCCCUUUUUUAAUCCAAUCAUUCCCACAAAGUCAUACAAAUAAUUCGGUCACAAUUCAUCUGGUAAUCAUUACUAAUUUAACAUUUUCCACUAGUUUUCGUUUAAUUAUUUGCUCGACUCUGACUGGACUCGAGUUCUUCUCCACUGAUUAUUAUUUUUUAUUUUUCUCUUCGCAAAGCCUCUUGAAACUCGUUUUCUCCCGGAGGAUCCAGAUGGGCGUAACUCCCAUUAACAAUUAAGAAGACAUGCCCGAGGGGGACCCGAGGCAUUGCUUUGCGGAAGAUCUUCUCCUUCUUCUUUCGCAUGAAGAAUCCACCAGAGAGUGCAGUAAUGCCGAGGGGGUAAUUUAAGGGAAGAUAAUCACACGAAAUGUCUUCUUUUAUUUGUUUAUUUUUCUCUGUUGUUUUUUGGGGAGACGCUUGACGCAUUCGAUGGGUUUGUCUCACGGUUUUCCUGGGGCUCCAUUGAUUUCGGGGUUUCACUAUUUUUUAUUAACAAUAUAAACAAGUAUUUGUCUACAUUGUUUAGAAUACAAAUUUAUUUAUUCGAAUCAUAAACUCUGAAGUAGAAAAUAUGAAUGAAUAAAUAAAUUUCCGGGUGCAUGUCCCCAAAGUCUUGAAGUCGAUUGAAUGAACAAUUUUUUUGUCAAAGCAACUGUUGAAUUAACGCACAAUAAA